AUGGCCGGGGCUUGGCUGCUGCUUCUCUUGGCCCUCGGGUGUCCAGCCCUGCCCGCAGGUGUGGGUGGCACCCCCUUCCCCUCGCUGGCGCCCCCCAAAACCACGCAGGUGGACGGGAAGCAGCAGGUGCUGGUGGUCUGCCUGGUCCUGGACGCGGCGCCCCCUGGCCUCGAGAGCCCCGUCUGGUUCUCCGCUGGCAACGGCAGCGCCCUGGGCGCCUUCACCUACGGCCCUUCCCCAGCCGCAGAUGGCACCUGGACCAGCCUGGCCCAGCUCUCCCUGCCCGCGGAGGAGCUGGCAUCCUGGGAAGCCUUGGUCUGCCACACGGGGCCUGGGGCUGGGGACCGCAGCCAGAGCACACAGCCCCUGCAGCUGUCAGGAGAGACGUCCUCAGCCAGGACCUGCCUCUGGGAGCCUCUAGGGGGGACGGGGGGCCUUGUGCUGAGGCUGGGGGUGCUGAGGCUGCUGCUCUUCAAGCUGCUGCUGGUGGACCUGCUCCUGACCUGCAGCCGCCUGCUCACCCCGCCCGCUGCACCCGGCUGCCCGCACUGGCCGCCCCGCAGCCUGGGCGAGGAGGCAGAAAUCUGGGAGGCCUUCCCAGAGGAGGAGGGCUUUCUGAGGGCAAGACCCUGGGAACUGCAGCAUGGGGCUGGGGGCUGGGGGCUGGGGACUGUGCCUCCUGUCUCCUUACUCAGGGCCAAGCGGGAGGCCAGGCCCCUCUGGCUCCUCACCCUGGUCCAUGCUCUGUGA